CAAUACUAGGUGCUCUCUCAUCCUGAGCGUCUCUCUGGAUGCUGCCUUCAUCCCUGUGCCAAGCUGCAGAGAUAGCACCCAUAUUAUGCUCACCUGUUAAUGGCAUAUAACCCAUUGGCUUCAAUACCUUUGAGAAAUCACGCACUUCAGCCUCUGCGUGUAGUUUGAGCAGAUCUGGAAAGUUGAAGCUCAUGUGCACCAGCAUUAAUGGCAGAGGUCCCAUUCAGCUUAAUUGACGGUGCUGUCAACAUCUGCAGGUUUGCAUUUCUGGUGGAAGCUACAACGGGAUGGACUUCCUAAAUGAGCGUUUUGCAUACUGAGGUUGAAAGGAAAGUUGAGCCUGAUACAUUAACAUUCUGUCCGUAUCAUUCUUUUGACAUCAGUUGAAUUUCUACAAACGGGCAGAAGUAGGCAUGAGAAGGAGAUUAGGAGACAAGCUCUUCACAGACGCAUACUUUUUGUUGGCAUACUGAUCAGUGAAGAUGCUCCUUCGCUGAAAACCUUGUUCUCAGUCAAGUCUUGGCAUGCACAAACCUGCACAUGCAUAUCCAAGCUGAGCAGGGCCUAUCCUGUGUAACACAUUUUUUUGCCUUUAAUAUCUCAGUAAGAUCUCAUAUUGUAACUCAGCCAUUAGGGGAAAAGAAAAUGGAACUUUUCUCAAACAGCUUUUCUGUUGGGGAAUCUAGUGGCAGUUGCUUUGAAGCAUGUGUAAUUGAUUAUCAUACAUUUAUUUUAAAAAGGAGACAUAACAAGGAAUCUAACAUGAUGUUUUGGAAUAUAUCUUCUCCCCACAAUGUUCUUGAGGGAAAUGUAAGGUUGCAGGCAUCAUUUCAUGCCCUGUAUGUUUUUGAACAUAAAUCAAAGAAAUUGUUGGAGAGUUAUAGAUGUUCAUAGCAACUGUAGCUAUAAUAAACACAUGCAGUAUAUAUUUUCCAAGCUAUUUUGUAUGGGUGAAAAGCUGAAGCUGGCGUUUUGUAUGAACAAUUCAACUUAAUCACUGAAAAUUUAUUUCCUAGUUAGCGUGGAUUACCAGCGUAGCAUGAAGUCGUACACCUUGGCUUAAGUACAUCUGGUUGUGAAGCCUUGGUUAAAAUUGGGAAAGGAUUUAAAUUGGAUCUAGACACCUUGAAUGAAUUAUUUCAGAUGUCACAUUUAUUGUGAUGCCUCCAUGGCAAUAUUUACAUCUAUAUUAUCACUUAUAUUGGUUUCAAAAUAUGCUGGAUGCUUUAGGGAGCAAAUAAAAGACAAGAACAGUAUGAACACCCCCACCCCCUGCACACAAUUUUAAUUGUAUACAUAGAACAAAAUGUGACUAUAGUAAAUAACACAGGAAAGAGAAUCCUGACUGAUCAGGUGGUGCAGAGCUUCAGGUGAGAACAACACGGAGCUUAGGCAUACGAGUCUCUGGGUGAUUGCAUUAGUUUUGUUUUAAAGUCUUAAUAGAUGAAAAGGGACUUUUGCAGAGGAAUUUCCAUGAGAGAUAAAGACUUGAGUGUGGAUGAGGGAAGCGUUCCUUUCACCGACAAGGAUCCAAACAUAUUAAACAGCUAGAAAGAAAAUCCAGUAGUUGCAGUUAAUGUGUAUGUGGACAGCCUGAGGAUAGGACACAUUCAAGAUCUGUGCAGAAAUUAGAUAGGUCUGGAUGAACCAAGUCUGGGACUUGAUGUUCAAGCAAAAUGCUGAGUUUCUGAAUAAAAGGGGUAGGGCUGUUUCGUGGGGUCUGGUCUUCCAAGCGCUUUCAGGUGUAGCUCUCACUACUCUUUGUAUUCCUAUUGCAGUCAGAGAUGGAUAAUUAAAAAUGGUAUUGCUGUUGAAAAUUCAGAGACUAGCUAAAAGGUCUGACUUUUAAAAGUGUCAUGGUGUGUCUGUUGGACGUGUGUUUUAUUGUGGUUACUUUCAGUAAUUCCUUUUUUAUUACAAUAGCCAGAAAUCCCUUUUUAAAAGAGAAAGGUGAUAUAUUAUUGCUCGGCUCCUGGAAACAGGGUUUUAAAAUACGCAACAACUGAGAAUUUGCACCAUUUGUUUGUAGUAUUAGUCUUCAAAGACAUCCUCAGCAGGCAGUCAUUUAACUUUAGGACCUGUCUGAAUUAAAUAAUAAUGUAGAUGGUGGCGGUUGAUGGAAGUAAGGAAGGCCUGACGCGGCCCACCUCUGGCACCGGUACCACCCCGGAGGAGCAGGCCGUGGGGUUGCUUUCCAAAUUGGUUUCUAUCCUUUCCCCUGGACAUGGGUGGAGGAGGGCUGGAGGCCUACAGCCUCUGACACUGCGUACGCUUGGGACUGGCUUCCCCUUCUUCAUUUCUCUCAUAACUCUUGCUCCUCAUCCUCUCCAAACAUUUUUUGUGGCCUCUCCUUAACAGCUGGGCAGUCUUUUGCUGUCCUUUGCAGGCUGGAAAAUGGACUUUGGGUUGUGAUUGCGCUCUUUGCCUUAUACCACUCCGUGAAAACAAGACUCUGUGAGAAAGCCAGAAAGGGGUUAAUAAGGAAAAACAAGGUUGCAGGUUGAGGUAUACUUGGGAAGACUGGGAGAAGAAAUAUUUUUGCAAAUUCUCUGUCCCAUGUGGUUGGGAUCAGUGUGCAUUUUUGAAAGAGUUGAAGGAGCACUGUCCAUGGAUCCAUAGUUGUGAUGGAUGUGACAAGAUUUUGUAGGAGAUGUAAGGAGAAGCUGAAUCUGUCCCUGAGAGGACAUCCUCCAGCCUUGACAGGUUCCAGUUUGGUGGGGGUAGGGCUGCUGCAUAGGGCUGGAUUACUGUUCUUGUGCAGAAUUUGGAAGAUGCAGACUAUCCGUGUAGACAGGUAUUUAGGGGCUCUUGGUGAGGAAACUUCAUUCACUGAAAUUCCUCUCUCCACUGGGAUUUUACUGCUUGUCUUAAAUGAGUGCCUGGAAUUCCACCUGCCAAAAAGAGCUUGCUUUACUUUGUGCUGAAUUUCUAACAGGAAAAAACAAAACAAAACAAAAACAAACAAACAAAAACCACAAACCUUUCCUGCCGAAUUACAGCCAAAUGAGACCAGGUGGGCAAAGGUUGAGAGCAAAGUAUGUAAAGCCUGGGCAGCAGGUUGGGUACUGGAGCACAGAGAGCAGGUUGUCCAAGGUCACUGCUGCUCUUAUGGCACAGCUCGGAGCUGGACUCAGGAGCUCAGGUUUUAGUCCAUUACCUCUCUCCAACAUGCAAUCCCUGUCUCACAACUUGAGCAAUGGAGGCACAGAAACCUUGCUUUUGCAAUGUGCGUUACAUUUAAUGGCUCUGGUUUCAGCACAGGAAGGAGAGGUGAUGUGUUGAAGGUUACACAGUCAGUCAGUGGCAGAGGCUGGAAAGGGCCCAACUCCACCGCCGGGGUGGCAGUUCCCUUGCUUGUCCUGUCUCUCCAGGGUGAAGAUGUGUAUUUCUUGUUGGUACUUUUUUAAUCAAAGGACAUGAAUUAUGAGUACCCCUGAAAAUUGGGCCAGAACCCCUCAUACUUGUUUGUGCUUGUGAGUGUGCGCACGUGUGCAACGUGCAUGCUCAGACAUUGUGCGUGAACAGGUUCUCAAUUAUUUUCCUGUUUGAAUCACUGAGACUGCUGUCUUGAUGUACUGUCAGAUUUGCUUUCUGCCCUUUGGAAUAAAGUGCAAAAUAUUAAAGAAAUAACACACGAUAUAUUAGGAGCUAGAAUAGUCAUAGCGCCCAAGGGGAAAGGAGGGUGGUGAAUAAUCUGUUUUAAAAAUACCCAGAAAAAAACCUUAGCUACUCCUAACCAAACUCCGUGGUUGUGCGCUUGUAAAGGGCACUCUUCUGAAUUCUGUUUCUUAGGGUUGCUGGUUAUCCUGUGGGGAGAAGUAAGCCCCUCCUGGAAAGCAGCACGCAAGCUCUUUGGUCGCGCUCUGGACACGGGUGUGGGGGACGUUUGGUCACGUUUAUUCUUCUGAGCAUUACCCUGGGCUAAGUGCUGCGGCAAUUAAAUUGGAAUUAAUAGUUGAUAAUUAUUUAAAAUCAAACGUUGCUUCCUGGUUUAGGAGCUGAAGCAGCUCUAAGCAGAUGUAUUUUUAAAUGUCACUUUUCUGGUUUUAUUAAUUCAUGUGGACACCGGUAAGAGCUGCAGGAGCAGCCCCAGGUUCUGCCCGCUCAUCCUUAGUGCUGGGGUGCUGAGCUGUGGGCUGGGGCGGUGCUGGCAGAUGCUUGGAGUCACAGUGUGACCUUGGUCAGAAUCCCAAACUUCGCCAAAUUUGGGCCAUGGGGCUCCACAGUUCUGGUCCAAUGGGGGACCAUGUUAAUAGGAUGUAAAAAAAAAUGAUAUUAAAUAGAAGAAUCAGCCUUCUCCCCCUCCCCAGAUCUGUUGGUUUGUAUUCUAUAUUGGAAUAAAAAACAGCUGGGGCAUGUGUGACUGAUACAGGGCAGGUUUGGGAUGAAUUUAUGUUGAACGAGAUACCCAUUGCACUUAUUUAACAAUUCUAACACAUAAAAUGUUUUUGGGUGCGGCUAGCAGCUCCUCAUCUGCAAUCAGGACAAAGCAAAACAUAUAGUGGCAAAUUCUGCAGUUUGUAGUCCUGACACAGGCAAAACCUCCUUUUACAGCGAACGAGAUUUUUUUGCUUGUGUUGUGGCAAGCAAGGAUUUCAGAUCAGUAUUAACAGAAAUAAAAGAGUAAAACUACAGUUUUAGAAGUCCUGCAGGACAUGCAGCAAGCCCCAGUGAUUCGGACUGGGUGAAGUUGUCAAAGGUUGCUCUGCUCUCCAGAGCCUGGCAAUAGCUCCACUGAAAUGUGAUGCCAUUGGUUUUCAGCAAAGGUUUCUUUCUGCAGGGCUGCAAACAGAGAUCAGCUGCUACUGUGUAUACACAACUAGGGAGCAAAUCAACCAGCACAUUUAAGCAGCCUUUUUAACCCCGAGACUUUCCAAGAUUUCUUCUUCACACAGGAAGUUUCCUUUAUAUUGUCAGAUUUAGCACUUUGCUCAUGUAAUGAGAUCAGAGCUAGGAUCACUGCUGCACAGUAGAAAGACUUCCUUAAGACAUUUGUCCUUGAAACUGCACCAAACUCUUGGAAGAACCCAGAACCUGCUUCUCUGCAGAAUGUCAAGCAAAGAUCGACACAUUGAUUCUAACUGUUCGUCGUACAUCAAGACGGAGCCGUCAAGCCCUGCCUCUCUGACGGACAGCAUCAACCACCACAGCCCUGGUGGCUCCUCAGACGCCAGUGGGAGCUACAGUUCCACCAUGAAUGGACAUCAGAACGGGCUAGACUCACCUCCCCUCUACCCUUCGGCCACAGGGCUUGGGGGCAAUGGGCCAGUCAGGAAACGGUAUGAUGACUGCUCCAGUACCAUUGCUGAAGAUUCACAGACCAAGUGUGAAUAUAUGCUGAACUCGAUGCCCAAAAGACUGUGUUUGGUGUGUGGUGACAUUGCAUCAGGGUACCACUAUGGAGUGGCUUCCUGUGAGGCCUGCAAGGCUUUCUUCAAGAGGACAAUUCAAGGUAACAUAGAAUACAGCUGCCCAGCAACAAAUGAAUGUGAAAUCACAAAGCGCAGACGCAAGUCCUGCCAAGCCUGCCGCUUCAUGAAGUGUCUAAAAGUUGGCAUGCUGAAAGAAGGUGUCCGCCUAGACAGGGUACGUGGAGGUCGCCAGAAGUACAAGCGCAGAAUAGAUGCAGAGAAUAGCCCAUACCUGAACCCUCAGCUAGUUCAGCCAGCAAAAAAGCCAUAUAACAAGAUUGUCUCCCAUUUGCUGGUGGCUGAACCAGAGAAGAUCUAUGCUAUGCCUGACCCCACUGUUCCAGACAGUGACAUCAAAGCACUUACCACUCUUUGUGACCUGGCAGACAGAGAACUGGUGGUGAUCAUCGGAUGGGCUAAGCAUAUUCCAGGAUUCUCCACUUUGUCUCUAGCUGACCAGAUGAGCCUUCUGCAGAGUGCUUGGAUGGAGAUUUUGAUUCUCGGUGUUGUAUACCGGUCACUUUCUUUUGAAGAUGAGCUUGUAUAUGCUGAAGAUUAUAUUAUGGAUGAAGACCAGUCCAAAUUGGCAGGCCUUCUUGACCUUAACAAUGCCAUACUGCAGCUGGUAAAGAAAUACAAGAGCAUGAAGUUGGAGAAAGAAGAGUUUGUCACCCUCAAAGCUAUAGCACUUGCUAAUUCAGACUCAAUGCACAUAGAGGAUGUUGAGGCAGUGCAGAAACUUCAGGACGUCUUACACGAGGCUCUACAGGAUUACGAGGCUGGACAGCACAUGGAAGACCCACGUCGCGCUGGCAAGAUGUUGAUGACUCUCCCACUUCUGAGGCAAACCUCCACCAAGGCUGUGCAGCAUUUCUACAACAUCAAACUGGAAGGCAAAGUCCCCAUGCACAAACUUUUUUUGGAAAUGCUGGAGGCCAAGGUCUGACUAAAGCAUCAUGGGCUUUCCCAUCAUGCACGUUUUAAAAAAAAAAAAAAAAAAAAAAAAAAAGGGAAAAUAAACAGGAUAAUAAUGGCAAAGAAACUUAGUGUUUAAUUAAGGAAAAAAUGACUGCACUGAUAUUUAGCAGCAAGACUGUGAAGCAGCUUUCAACUUUUUCUUCUGUGUCUUUCUGAUGCAGUUUUUCCUUUUCCUUUUCCUUUUCUCUCUUUUCCUUUCUGUUCUUUCCUUUCCUUUUUCCUUUUCUCUUUUUCCUUUGCUGCUGAACUUUUUAAAAGAGGUCUCUAAUUGAAGAGAGAUGGAAGCCAGGCCUGCCAAAGGAUGGAAAUCCAUAAUAUGGAUGCCAGUGAACUUAUUAUGAACCAUAAUGUCCCCAAUGACAAAGGAAUCAAAGAGAGAACCACCGUACCUAGCAGUACAGUACAACACGAUGAACUGACUGAAUGCAGUAUUAGAUUUCAUAGGAGCAGUCUCUAAUUAGACGACUAAGCGACGAUGCAUCGGCUGCUUCUUAUCAUUGCAUUUUCCAUCUAGAUCAGUUACAGCCAUUUGAUUCCUUAAUUGUUUUUUCAAGUCUUCCAGAUAUUUCUUAGGUUAGCUACAAUGUAACUUUUUCAGGGAAUAGUUUAAGCUUUAUUCAUUCAUGCAAUACUAAAGAGAAAGAAAUACUGCAUUUUUGUGCUGGCUUGAACAAUGAUGAACAAUAAUGAAGGACAAAUGAAUCCUGAAGGAAGAUUUUUUUAAAUGUUUUGUUUCUUCUUACUAACGGAGAUUUUUUUGUACCAGCUUUACCAGUUUUCAGCCAUUUAUUAAUGUGGGAAUUUAUCUUACUAAAGCAAUAGUUGAAGGGAAGGUGCAUAUUAUCACGGAUGCAAUUUAUGUUGUGUGCCAGUCUGGUCCAAAACAUCCAGUUUCUUAACAUGAGCUCCAGUUUAUAACUAAAUGUUCACUGACUCAAAGGAUUAGAUUACACCUACCGUAUAUCUGAGUAGUCUAACAUUUAAAUACUCCAUGUCAAGUACCAAUCUAUAAAGGUGUAGGAGACAGCGACUGUACAAAGGUAUAGUUGCUGUGUGAUUUCUAACUGCUUCAGUUGUCAAUGAAUGAGAUACUGCCUGUUUGCAAAAUUAUAACCUUACACACAGGAAAACCCUCAGAACCGAUAGUAGCUUAGUGGCAAUAAGGCAAAUGCCAAUGUCUGCAAAAUUAAGAAAUCAGAGUAGUAAACUUCUGACCAAAUUCAACGAUUUAACACUGCUAUACCUUAUUUAUUGAUUUAGAUUUUAUUUUGUAAAUUGCAAUUGUUAACAAGUAGCUAAACCAGUAUAUGUGCUUUUCAACCAGUAUUGUCACAGCAUGAAAGUCAGUCAGUUUCAAGACUGUUAAGAGGUGUAAUCUAAUGUAUAAACCAAUUAGAUGCCCCCAGAAAACUACAGUCGCUAAAUAACCAAUAAACAAUAACCUCCAUCAAAUGCUAUACCAAUGUACCAGUGUUAGUAGCUGCUCCCUGUACUAUGUGAACAUCCUUAUUCUAUGUACACAGAUGUAAUUAAAAUUGUAAUCCUAACAAACAAAAGAAAUGUAGUUCAGCUUUUCAAUGUUUCAUGUUUGCUGUGCUUUUCUGAAUUUUUAUGUUGCAUUCAAAGACUGUUGUCUUGUUCUUCUUGUGGUGUUUGGAUUCUUGUGGUGUGUGCUUAUAGACACAGGGUAGAAUUAGAGACAAUAUUGGAUGUACAAUUCCUCAGGAGAUUACAGUAGUAUAUUCUAUUCCUUACCGGUAAUAAGGUUCUUCCUAGUAAUAAUUAAGAGAUCGAAACUCCAAACAAAUACUCGUUAUGAUCAGAUACACAUCGAAAUCAUAAUAUUUUCAAAACAAGGGAUAAUUUCUGUAACAGUUUAUUAUAGAAUACCAAUGUAUAGCUUAGAAAUAAAACUUUGAAUAUUUCAAGAUUAUAGAUAAGUCUAAUUUUUAAACGCUGUAAAUAUAGCUUUUAUUCAAUCAUCUCUCAGAUGUUGUUAUUAACUCGCUCUGUGUUGUUGCAAAACUUUUUUGGUGCGGACAAGUUUCCAAAACUAUUGCUACGUUGUGUGCUUUAAACAAAAUAACAACAGGCUGAUGCUCCAUCAGCCUUGUGCUAGAAAAAAAAAAAAAAA